CGCAUUUGUUGCGAUCUCAUCGCAAAGUGAUAGCUGCCAAAAGAGCUUUGGCAGAACAACUAUCACAAGCAAAUGUGCCAACUUGCCAACAAAUGAGUAUUUUCGAGGUGCAAUCCGGAGGUGUGGAAAAUGUUGGGUUCGGACUGCAAGAUCUCUAUAACACUGAAAGGGAUAUAAGGACUGCGUUACUAGGGCAAGACGCCGAUAUGUUAUAUGAGUAUUUCCAAAUUCAAGUACAAAAGAACUCAGGGUUUAUGUUUACAAUGGAGAAAGACGAUGAAAUGAGGUUGACUCAUUGUUUUUGGGCGGAUGCCACGGCUAGGAAGUCAUACCAAUAUUUUGGGGACGUUGUGGUUUUUGAUACAACGUACAACACAAACCGAUACCGUAUGAUCUUUGCACCUAUACUAGGGGUUAAUCACCACAGGUAGACUACGCUAUUUGGGUGUGGGCUUUUAAGUGAUGAAUCGAGUGAAUCUUUUGAGUGGCUAUUCAAAGAAUGGUUGAAAGCAAUGCCAGGAGGCCCGCCCAAAAUGAUCAUAACUGAUCAAGAUCCGGCGAUGACAAAGGCAUUUGCUAAUGUUCUUCCAACUACACACCAUAGAUAUUGCAUUUGGCAUAUUGUGAGUAAAUUUUCUGAAAAUAUAAGUGCAUUAUCUUAUAAAGAUCAUUAUGAUGAGUUCAAACAAUGCAUAUGGAAUUCUGAGAGCCCUGAAGAGUUUGAGGCUAAAUGGGCAGAUGUUGUACACAAAUCCAACUUAUCCUCCAAUGAAUGGUUGAAAGCCAUGUACGAAAUCCGUGAGAGAUGGAUUCCGACAUAUAUGAAACACAUGUUUUCCGCACACAUGACAAGUAGUCAAAGGGCUGAGAUUUCUCAUUCUUUCUUCAAGAAGUAUGUUUCAUUAAAUAAUUCAUUGUACGACUUUGUCACGCGGUUUGCUAGGGGGCUUGCUCACAUACGGCAUAAUGAAUUGGACUUGGAUCAUAAAGAUCUCAAUGAGAAGCCACAACUGAUAACAUCUUUUCCCAUGGAGUCUACAAUGAGUGAGUUGUAUACAUUGGCCAUAUUUCACAAGUUUCAAGAUGAAUUCUUUCAAAUUGGGGGAUACAUGGUUAAGAUGACACAUGAGGAUGAACACUAUCAUUUCUACACUGUUGAGAGGGCAAAGGUGAGUGGUGCGAGGGUUCGUAAUCUUUUGGUAAAUAAGUCAUCAGAACAUGUAAGUUGUAGUUGUAAGCUGUUUGAAUUUGACGGAAUUCCAUGUCGGCAUUUGUUGGCUUACUUCAAUAGAAUGCAGAUUAUUGAUUUGCCUCAUGAUUUAAUUUUGGCGAGGUGGACUAAAUCCGCCAAAAUCAAAACAGUUGCAAAUGACGUGGGUGUGUCUGUCCAACAAAUAUGUGACACUUCUGUGUUUGAAAGGCGAAAUAAGCUCUUCAAACUUGCUUCUAGUGUAAUUGAUGACGCCGUAUUAACUGAAGAAGGAAGUGAGCUUUUGGAAGAUGCUUUGUGUUCGGUUCGGAAUAAGCUAUGUGCAAUGAAUCUUGGAAGCGAAGGUGGAAAAUUGCGUGCUAGUGCUAUCGAAGUGUCUAUUCCUCGUGAACAUAUGUUUAAAGAACCGCUUCAAGUUAGGGCAAAGGGUUGUGGUAAGCGAGUGAAUGGAGGAAAAGAGAAGGUGGUCCAGAAGAGUAGGCGUUGUAAUGGUUGUGGGUUAACAGGACAGUCACAUGACAAAAGAAAUUGUCCAAAACUUCGCAGCAUUUCUUCGCAAGAUGUUAGAAUGAGUGAUGACGAGGACGAGGACGAUGACGAUGAUGACGUUGACGAUGAGUGUAAGUGUUUGUGGUACAUCUAAGUUUAUUUCUUUAAUUAUUCUUGCCUAUUUUUUCUUUUAUUGAUAUUAUUACUUAUUCGGGUUGCAGGAUAGAUUGGUGGUUG